AUGGCCACGCUUCUGCGUCGCGUCGCGGGCGAUUUCAGACGGAGUAGUGGCGCGUCUGGCGCCGUGAACCGCGCUGUCGGGUCGUUCCAGAGCGGCUUUUCCGCGCAUCCGCGCAGUCUCCUCGAUGUUCUCGCGCUUCGAUGGGUUAGUCAUGUGGUAGACAGGGCCUUGGGCCAGCACGCUGGUGGUGGCGGAGCACACGGGGAGGGGCGCAGGGGGCUCCGCCGCCGCCCUGAAUCCGCCCACGCUCUCCCGCCCGUCACGCCUCCCCCCAUUUGUCCUCUUUCCCUGUCCCCCUGUCCCGUCCCGCUUAUCCCCCUGCCCCUACUCCCCACUCCGCAGGCCAGCACGCUAGUGGUGGCGGAGCACACGGGGAGGGGCGCGGGGGGCUCCGCCGCCGCCCUAAAGCCGCCCACGCUGUCCGCAGUGGCGGCUGCACGGAAGCUUGGCGGACCCGUGGCCGUGCUGGUGGCGGGGAGUGGCGACGCGGUUGCUGACGUGGCAGCUGCUGUUGCGAAGAUUGAAGGGGUGGAUGAGGUGAUUACAACAGAGAGCCCCGCCCUGGACCACGCCCUGCCCGAGCCCCUGGUGGCGCUACUGACAAACCUCGCCACUCAGCGGUCUUUCUCGCACGUGCUCGCCGCCUCGUCCACCUUCUCCCGGAACGUGCUGCCACGUGUCGCCGCGCUAUUGGACGCUGCGAUGGUGUCUGAUGUGGUUGAAAUCGUGGAUGAGAAGACUUUUGUGCGUCCAAUCUAUGCAGGGAACGCACUUGCUACAGUACAAUGCUCCACCCCCUCCUCUGCCGUCCCAAGUCUCCUCACAAUCCGCGCCACCUCCUUCCCUGCCUCCUCCUCCUCUGAACCCACCACCGCCCCCAAGACCACGCCUUUCGACUUCCAAGGCCCCCCAGCUGAAAAGUCUUCCUGGGUCGGGCAGGAGUUGCGGGCAGCUGACCGACCGGACUUGGGCAGUGCAAAAGUUGUGAUUGCCGGCGGGCGGGGGCUGAAGAGUGAAGAGAAUUUCAAGCUGCUGGAACAACUAGCAGACAAACUGGGAGGGGCAGUGGGAGCCUCUCGGGCAGCUGUGGACGCAGGUUACGUAGCCAAUGACCUGCAAGUCGGGCAGACCGGAAAAAUCGUCGCGCCAGACCUGUACAUGGCGUUUGGAAUUUCGGGCGCGAUUCAGCAUCUGGCAGGCAUGAAAGAUUCCAAGGCGAUCGUGGCCGUUAACAAGGAUCCAGAUGCUCCGAUCUUCCAG